CCCAAGCCAAAUUGGACCCCCGUUGAGUUUUCGCCAUCAAUGUACCAGACAUUGAGUAUAUUGAAUCUCAGCAGUAAUUGAAGCAAAGAAGGACUUCAGACAUAUACACCAUGGAGGCAUCUCAAAAGAUUCCACAGGCUUCCAAGGAACGCAAGGCUCAGCCCUGGAAGAAGGCUUGGCCUCCCCAAACCAAGGAAGCGCAGGGAGAGAAGCACGGCUUUGCCAAAGGAGAGAUGCUCCAGCUUGGUGGGCAAGGUGGUGCUUGUUUAGAUCCUUUGAAAGAUAGAAAGUGAGAGGUCUUUCGGUGGCUCUAGCCGGAUUGUUCACCGUCGUCGCCGACCGCUUUUACUCUGCAUGGAUGGAUACCCUCCACUCGUUCGUUAGAUUGUGGUGGCAGUGCUUUAUUUGUGGAAGUCAUGACUUGUUAUUUAUUGAUGAAGGAAAUCGUUUGGAAUAGCAAAAGUUCAGAAUAUGCAAGAAUCA